AUGAGUGGUGAACCUCAAGCAAAGCGGACCAAAAUGAGUGCACUCGAUCAACUCAAGCAGUAUAGUACGGUGGUCGCUGACACCGGCGACUUUGAAGCAAUGAAGGCUUAUAAACCAACAGAUGCAACAACCAACCCAAGCUUAAUAUUGUCUGCUGCUGGAAUGGAGCAGUACCAACAUUUACUUGAUAAAGCAGUUAAAUAUGCAAAAGAAGUUGGCAGCACAGUCGAGGAACAAGUUGCAGAGACACUUGACAUGCUGAGUGUUUUGUUUGCCUUGGAAAUACUUAAGAUUAUUCCUGGCAGAGUUUCAGUAGAAAUUGAUGCAAGAUUGUCAUUUGAUAAGGAUGCCAGUAUUUCAAAGGCUAUCAAAUUGAUUGACAUGUUUGCUGAACAUGGAAUCAAAAAGGAACGCAUUCUUAUUAAGUUAGCUUCUACAUGGGAAGGAAUACAAGCUGCUAAAGAGUUGGAGAAAAAACAUGGGAUUCAUUGCAACCUGACAUUGUUAUUUAGUUUGUAUCAAGCCAUUGCAUGUGCUGAAGCCAAUGUUACUCUUAUCUCACCAUUUGUUGGAAGAAUACUGGACUGGCAUGUGAAAUCUACAGGCAAGACAUACGAAGGCAAGGACGACCCAGGUGUCAUAUCUGUAACCCGAAUCUACAAUUAUUACAAAAAGUAUGGGUACAAGACGCAAGUGAUGGCGGCGUCCUUCCGCAACACAGGAGAGAUCUGCGAAUUGGCCGGCUGUGAUCUCCUCACUAUCGGUCCUAAGUUCUUGAAGGAGUUGGCUGCUAGCGAACAACCCAUGAAAAAAGUACUCGACCCUAAGGUGGCUGAACAAAGCGAUUUGGAGAAAAUAUCAUUGAACGAGGCCCAAUUCCGUUGGAACAUGAAUGAAGACCAGAUGGGCACUGAUAAACUGUCGGAGGGCAUACGGAUGUUCGCCUCCGAUACUAGAAAGUUGGAGUCGCUCAUUAAGGCUCUGCUUGCUAAGAAGUAA